UUAAAAAUAAUUUAAUAUAAUAUGUAUAAUCAUCCAAGAUUCUGCAUAUGUGCUUUUACUUUUGAUACUCUGGUACAUUUGGUACAUUUUGCUAAUAAAAUUUUGAGUAUUAUCAGUUGCUUACUUCAACUAAAGUAAAAUAUUGUUUAUUACUUUUACCUGUAAAGGAGUAUAGUGAGACAGGCUUGAGCAGAUCUGGUUGAAAUAAUAUGCCUAUGUAGUUUAUUAUUUAUUUAUUGUUACUAUUUAUUAAACAUUGAGGAUAUUUUUUACAGCAUAAAAUAAUCUACUGUUUGUCCAUUGCAUUGAAGAUCAGGUCAGCACUCAGGUGGAAGGACAUGGCUUCAAGAGAAAACAAAAAGACUUGCCUUGGAAUUGUCCUGCCAUUUGUCCAGAUGCCGAACUCGGCAGACUCAGAUUGAAAACAUACACUAGAUUGUAUCACAGUUGCCAUGGAGAUGAGAUCAGACAGCUGGCAGACAGGAGGAAAUUGGUAUAGUAGCUUUUCGUUGUGGUGCCAAACAGAAAGAUGGACAGUGAAUAGAGUCGUGCUGUUACCGCAGAGAGUUGACAGAGGGAGUCAGCGCGCUGUGCUGCAGCCCAGUACUAAUCUGAUUUUAGAUGCCAGGAUGUGAAGCGAAGAACAAAGCCAUUUCCUGAUGCCUCAUGUUGCUAUGAUAACAGCCAAAUGUGUCAAAAGUGAUCCUCUGGGCUGGACUGUGUGUGUAUGUUUUACGUUCAUGCAACGGUUGCGCACCCCUCCACCUCCCCAUCUCCAUCUCUCCAUCUCCAUCAGCUCAUCAUUCCAUCAACCUCUUCUGCCAUCAGCCUCAGCAGAGUCAUCAGCCGCCACCACCAGUGUCUAGACUCCAUGGGGGGAUUUAUUCUGCCACUGCUCAAGGCAGAUGCCCUCCACUACCAAAGUCUCCCCGUGGACUGUAAACAUUAACAUCUCACAUCAACUGUUUAGAUAAACACUACCUUUAAUUUAUUCACCUGUCUCUCCUGAUUGAAAUGUAGUUAGUUAAUGGUGUGCUCCUUGGCCAUGGAAGUUUGUUUGCUAUAUUGCAUGUAGUAAGCUAGCUAGCUAGACAUACUAACAAUUGUAGCAAGUGUUAGAGCAGAUUAACAGUGUUUAAUUAAUUCUUAACACUUUUUCUCUUGUGUUUUUGGCUUUAGAAAGGCUAAAAAGAAGACACCAUCCUCCAAACUGUAACGGAUACUCCAGGCUCCACAACCCACUAACUAUCCACACCUGCUCCCAAUUACACUCCUGCUCCACAUUAGCUCUCAAUCACAGGCAGCAUAAAAGCCCUGCGCUCACCUCAGUAUGUGUCUGACCUCGUUCAUGACUAGGACUCUCCACACUACUCGGCAUUACGCCUAUUCGCCAUGCCUCCAGCGAUCUCCCUGGCUCCAGCGUUUCUCCUGUCUCCAGCGUUCUCCUGUCUUCAGCGAUCUCCCUCCUACAGACUACACUCUCUCCAUACCCACUAUAUCUGGCUGUUCAAUAAAGAACAUUCUUUGUCCAUCUUGGUGACCCCUGCCUGUCUGUACUGUAACAGAAGGUCGGACCAUUACCGAAAUGACAGCCCUGAGCCCCAAUGACCCCUUCCCGGACCUGGAGGAUGUUAUCUGGCGAUAUCUCCUCACCCUCACCUCAUUCCCACCAGCGCUUCCUCAGACACUCCUUCAACCCCUCUGGCUAUCAGGAUGAUUAAUCAAUUACAGACCUUCUCAGGCUCAGCAGAGGACUGCGAGGGAUUUUGUUGCGGUGUUUCCUGGUCAUCGGCCUAUAUCCACACCAGUACCCCACCGAGCGAUCCAAGGUGACCUUCUUGGUGUCCUGGACCGGCAACGGACCACAAUCUUUUCGCCAUUUCAUAUCACACCUCAGGAAAGAGUUCGGCACGCCAGUCAGUACCUCGUCAGCCAGUCCUCAGCCUGCACCUCUACCGGCCAGUCUUCAGUCUAGCAACCCACAACUUCCCUGCACCGGAACUCCGCCGCCCAGCUGCUCGCCUGCUCCGUCAACGCCUCCAGUUCCAGAUCUGCAGCAGCCUCCAGUCCCUGCUGGAUCGCAGCAGCCAUCGCAGCAGACAGCAACCCCUGCAGGGUGGCAACAGCUCCCCGCUCCCUGGACUCCCUGCUGGAUCGCAGCAGCUCCCUGGACUCCCUGCUGGAUCGCAGUCGAUUCCUUUCCCGGCUGGAUCGCAGCAGCACCAAUCCCUGGCCGAUGCUGGAUCGCAACCAUCUCUGGAUCAACGCAGGACUGACUGCUGGGUCGCAACAAGCCACUGAAUCAUCGGUGAGGUCACAGCAGCAGCCGUACCCUCCUUUUCAGGCAGAGGAGCAGGUUCCGGACUCCCGGACACCACCGGUCCAGCCCGCUCCUCAGCCAGUCAUCCCGCCGCCGGCUCCCUGUCCUGCUGUCCCGCCGCCGGCUUCCUGUCCUGCUGUCCUGUCCUGCUGUCCUGCCCCUGAUCUGGUUCACCGGCUCCAGAUGGUUUUCGUCUUCGCCACCGGCCUCCAGAGGGUUCCCUCCUCCGGCUUCCAGAGGGUCCCAGCUUCUGCUUUCACCUCAGGCCUCCAGGGGGUUCCCGCCUUUACCGCAGACCUCCAGGAGGUGCCCGCCUUUACCGCAGCCGGCCUCCUGUGACCUUCCUCCUGUGCCACCAGCACUCGGCCAGGCCAUCCGCCCAGGGUCACCAGCCCUGUGCCUGUCCAGUCCCCAGGUCGUCCGCCGGAGGUCCUCAGCCCCGCACCAGGCCAGUCUCUGGGUCGUCCGCCAGAGGUCCUCAGCCCCACGCCAGGCCAGUCCCCGGGUCGUCUGCCGGAAGUCCUCAACCCCGUGCCAGGCCAGUCCCUGGGUUGUCUAACCUCCUGGUCGUUAGCCCGAGACUCCCCGCUCCACACCUGUCCAAGCUCCUGGGCGUAAGCCCGAGACUCCCGGCUCCAUACAUGCCCAAGCUCCGGCCAGCCGCCCGGAUCAACCCGCUCGCCAUGGUGGAGGACGACCACCACGUCGGUGGGGUUUUUCGGCCCUCGGGAGCUGGCCGUGGAGGAGGGGGUACUGUCACGGAUACUCCAGGCUCCACUACCCAGUAAUUAGCCACACCUGCUCCCAGUUACACUCCUGCUCCACAUUAGUUCUCAAUCACAGGCAGCAUAAAAGCCCUGCACUCACCUCAGUAUAUGUCCAACCUCGUUCAUGACUAGGACUCUCCACACUACUCGGCAUUACGCCUAUUCGCCAUGCCUCCAGCGAUCUCCCUGGCUCCAGCGUUUCUCCUGUCUCCAGCGUUCUCCUGUCUCCAGCGUUCUCCUGUCUUCAGCGAUCUCCCUAUACCCACUAUAUCUGGCUGUUAUUCAAUAAAGAACAUUCUUUGUCCAUCUCGGUGUCCCCUGCCUGUCUGUACUGUAACACGAACUCUUUAAAUUCUGAUUAUCACAGGCACACAAAUAUUGGCAUCGAUGCACAUUUCCUUAAAGAUGUCAGAAUAGAGCAAGUGGGGGUUAAGCACCCUUGACAUUGAUGAAUGUUGGCCAGCACUGUGGAUUUUAAAGUCAAGAAUAACAGUGUUGAUUCAACAAUGUCAACCUCAAUUCCUUUGUCAAAUUGCUUCUUAGACCUUUUAUAACACCCUGCUGAGAAGUGUGAAAUGAUUUCCUGUUUGUAUCUGGGUGACUGUUCAGAGAUGACUGACACGUAUUUAAUGUAUACUGCACAAGCUUGUUGAACAUAGUUACUGAG